AAAAAAUAUCUCCCUAUAUAAACCCCAUAACAUAAGUCAAGUUCAUUUCCUCUUCACCUAAAACCUCGUAUCAUGGCUUCUUCUCCGUCCCCGUCGUCAACCACCGUAGAAAGAGGUUGCUCCGCCAAUAUCUCCGCCAUACACGAAGACAUACUCCAAACACACAUCCUAACACGGCUGGACGGUCCGAGCUUAGCCUCAACUUCAUGCACCUCACCGCACCUUAACUUUCUCUCUUCUCAACGUGAUCUCUGGUUCAACAUUUGUUCAUCCACGUGGCCUUCUACAAGAAAUCCACGUGUACUCCAUGUCAUCUCCUCCUUCCUUCCCGAUGGUCCUCGCUCCUUCUUCUCCGCUUCCUUCCCGCCGGUCAUGUCCAACAGUCACUCUUCAGCUAACACGACGCCGUUUCCACCGGAAUUAAUCUCCGCCGUUGAUAUUUACUACAAAAACGAACUCAUUUUCAGUAGAGUUACGGAAACAGAAGCGGAGUCCAGCUGGUUUAAUUGCUCCCCGUUUAGAAUCGACAUGCUGGACCCGAAGGACACGUGUCAAACCAUGAUACGGCCGCCGGAAAACGAGGAGGAUCUUUUUACAUUAUCCGAGGAACUAGAGCUGAGCUGGAUUUUAAUUGAUCCAGCAGGGAAAAGAGCCAUGAACGUGUCAAGUAAUAAACCGGUUUCGGUCCAAAGACAUUGGUUGAGCGGUGAAGUACACGCGCGGUUCGGUUUGGUUUUAAGCGGCGAACCAAAAGGAAGGGCGUCGGAGUUUGUGCAGUGUGGAAUUCUGGUGACGUGCGGCGGAGGAACGCAGGGCGGAGGAGGAGGGAUGCACGUGAGGGAAGUGAGUUUGCAAAUGGAGGACAUGGAUGGUAAGUUUCUAAAAGGGAAGGGCAGUUUGGGAAUUAUACAAAGGGCAUUUGAGGGUAAAAAGGGAAUAAAAGGAAGAAUGGGAGAAGAAGGGAAGAGGAGGGAUGAGAGGUUCUUGAAAAUGAAAAGAGAAAGGAAAGAGAAGAAGUUGAGAAAUGAAGGGACUUUAGAUGUUCUUUGUGUUGCCUUUGGGAUUUUAGUUUUUGCCUCACUUGGCUUAAUUCUUUUACUCAAAUAAAAUAAAAUAAAUAAUUAAUCAAUUUUCGAAAAAGACAUAAAAGAAAGUUUAAUAUCAUUAGAAUAUUCCUCAUAAGGUCAAACUUUUAAUUCAAACAAAAUGUAAAAAUUUUACUUCU